UUUAAAGUGGCUUUUGCCACAUUGGAAGAAAGUUUUCUUGCUGGAUGCCAGGAUUCUCUGGCUGACAAUUAGAAAUCAUGAGGCAUCUUCUUUGUCUUGUGUUGCUGUUAUUCUCUGCUGAAAUAAGGGGAUUUGAUCUGUACAUAGAGGAGUUCCCUGAUGCUGCUGACCUUGGUCAACUCAUGGAUGAGUUGGAACCCCAUAUUAAGGAGAGAAUAAAGAGAAGUUUGACAUUUGGAGAUGAUGGUAUAGAGGCUCCAUCUAAGGACUCAAUCUCUCUGUACAGCUAUAAAGUAGAAUCUACCAUCACAUCACAUUUCGUCAAUACCAUGAUACAGAGCAAAGUGGUGAACACUGCUUCACAUUCACAGAGCCUCUCGUUUGAUAUUCAGAUUCCCAAAGGGGCAUUCAUCAAUAAUUUUACCAUGAAUGUUAAUGGAAUCACAUUUAGUGGCUCAAUUAAAGAGAGGUCAGAGGCAAGAGGUCUGUAUUCUAAAGCAAGAGCAAGAGGAAAAUCAGCAGGUAUACUGAGAACAAAUUCCCUUGAUAUGGAAAACUUCAAAGCUGAUUUAAAUGUACCAGGAGGAACCAAAGUUCAAUUUGAACUUCAUUAUCAAGAAGCCCUUCAGAGGAAACUUGGGCUGUAUGAACAUGUUCUCUAUCUUCAACCAGGAAGAAUAGCAAAACACUUUGAGGUGGAUAUCUAUAUCUUAGAGCCAGAAGGUAUCAGCACUGUCAAUGUGGUGAAUUCAGUUUCAGAUAAGUUUUCUAAUCUCGUAAAAGUUGACAAGAAUGAUAAGAAGGCUCACAUAUCCUUCAGACCAACUGUGGAUGAACAGCGUGAGUGCCCCAUCUGUCCAACUACUGCUGUGGAUGGAAGACUCAGCGUGAAGUAUGAUGUUAACAGGGAAAAAGCCAGCCAGCUCCAGGUGUUCAAUGGAUAUUUUCUCCACUUCGUUGCCCCAGAAAAUCAGCCUCCACUUCCAAAGAAUAUUUUAUUUGUUAUUGAUGUCAGUGGUUCCAUGUGGGGAAUUAAGAUGAAACAGACAGUUGAAGCAAUGAAAGCUAUUUUGGAUGACCUUCGUCCUGAUGACCAAUUUGGUAUUGUUGACUUCAACCACAAUAUUCGAUGCUGGAAGGAUGAGCUUGUUUAUGCAACACCCACUGAGAAAGAUGGUGCCAAGCAAUAUGUUCAGAAUAUACAGGCUAUUGGAGGUACUAAUAUCAAUGAAGCCCUUCUUAGAGCUAUGUUUAUACUGAAAGAAGCCAAUGACCACAAACUGUUGGAACCAAACUCCGUUUCUUUGAUUGUGCUGGUUUCAGAUGGGGAUCCAACUGUAGGUGAACUGAAACUGUCUAAGAUUCUGAAGAACGUUAAGACAAAUAAUCGUGAUGAGUUCUCCCUUCAUUCUCUUGGGAUUGGAUUUGAUGUAGACUAUGACUUCUUAGAAAAACUUGCUCAGGAGAAUCAUGGAUUAGCUCAGAGGAUCUUUGGAAAUAAGGAUACAGCUGCUCAGCUUAAGGAAUUUUAUAAAAAGGUUUCCACUCCGCUGCUGAAAGACAUUAUUAUCCAAUACCCAACAGCUGGCAUUUCAGAUGUGACUAAAAGCCGCUUUCACCACUAUUUUGGAGGGGAUGAAAUUGUUGUUGCUGGUAAAGUUGACACUGAUCAGACAUCAAAGGUUGAAAGCUUCAUCGAGGCAACAUCCGCUGGGGAUACACAGUUCUUAUUGGAUACAGUAGCAGAAGUAGAAGCCCUGAAUGAAUUCUUCGCAGAAAGCAAACACGCCUUCCCUGAUUUUGCCAAGCAAUACUGGGCUCAGCUGACAAUCAACCAGCUAUUAGCUGAGAGGAGCUUGGCAGUUACAGCAGAAUCCAAGAGGGCACUUACCCACAAAAUAAUGCAGCUGUCAAUCACACAUCAUAUAGUGACCCCUUUCACAUCACUGCUGAUCGAAAGUGAGGAUGGAAAGGAGAGAAUGUUGGCAGAUCCGCCAAAUGCUAUUAAAGGAGCGUGUUGUCAAACAAUACUAGCUACAAAGCCUCCUAGUGUUCGCACAUUAUCAGCAAAGCCAAGCCUACCUCCACCUUCAUCACCUGGAACUCAGGAGGCAAAAAGGGAAACUGCAACAAUGACUCCAUGCAAGAAUGGAAAAACUCCAACGCCAACUUGUGUUGAUACGGAUCCACAUUUCAUUAUAAACUUACCAAUAAGCCAAACAGAUGUCUGCUUCAAUGUUGAUGCACAGGCUGGAAAUAUGUUGAACCUCCUGACUGAUACUGAAUUAGGUAUUGCGAUUAAUGGGAGAAUAGUUACCGCUAAAAAAGCUAAGGAUGGCAAGCUGAACACCUACUUUGGUACAUUUGGCAUGUAUUUUAGACAGCUAGAUAUGAAGAUUGAAGUAAGCACUGACAAAAUAACACUGAAAGACGCAUCUUAUACCAGAGUGAUGCGCUGGUCUGAGUCCAGCAGCCUGGCUUACAAGAGGCUCACUGUGUCGGUGAAGAAGGAGAGUAAUAUCACUAUUACCGUAGAUGAUAACAUGACUUUCCUGAUAAUCUUGCAUCGGGUAUGGAAAAAUCAUCCUGUCAACGUAGACUUCCUUGGACUCUACUUUCCUUCUAGUCACGCAUUUUCUGAUGGGGCACAUGGUUUGAUAGGCCAGUUUAUGAAGGAGCCAGAAGUAAGUGUCUAUGAUGUACGAGCAGGUACUGAUCCAGAGAAACCAAUAGCUUCCAUGAAUGUAAAAGGAAAUAAGCUGACAGUAACAAGGGGGAUGCAGAAAGAAUACCAGCAUAACCAUCUGCUCGGCACCAAAGUCACUUGCUGGUUUGUACACAAUAACGGAAAAGGUUUCAUCGACGGACAUUACAGAGACUACACAGUACCUCAGCUAUACAGCUUCUUUAAACGCCCUUGAGGAGCUCAACACAUACAUAAUAGCAUGAGAUACAUGUUUCUUCAGUUACAAUAAAAAGAUGAACGUGGUAUUUUCUAUUCCAAAUUCUUUUUUUCCGUAUUACGAGUAAGACUCAUAUUAAUGCUUGGAAAUGCAAAAGAGCAGCACACAGCUUUUUUUUAUAAUGGUCGUGGACUUCAAUUGAGAAAUGCUUUAUUAAAUUAAAAUAGCAAAGAAGAACAGUAUACUCACCCUCAACUUGAUAAAGGCUAAUGUCCAAUGAAUGUGAAUAAACAUAUCUUAAUUGCAGCCUCAUAAAACUAAGCUAUAUCGUGCUUUCAUACAGGAACAGAUGUGUUCACUUUUGCUUUAUUUAUAUGAACAUGGUGUAUAAAGUGGUUCAAUUAUAAUUCAUGUAAUACUGAAAUAAAGACACUGUGUGCUGCCCUUAA